GUAAUACUUACCUUUUCCUCUACAAGUACACAAAAAACCCAUUUUUUUAUAUACAAUGAAAUUCACUGGUACUAUUCUUUUUGUGUCCGCUGCCUACCUUGCUUCUCUUGUAUCUGCAGAGCCAAUUGUAUCUAUUACCUCUCCUUUAAUGUAUACCCGUUACAAGGCAGGUUCUGAAGUCAUCAUUUCUUGGAUCAAUCCUCGUGUUUCCAUUAUUCCCCAGAUUGUUUUAGUCCAGGGUAGAUCAACUCAUCUUCAACCUAUUCAAGUAAUUGCUACCAACGUCAAUGCUCAAGACAUGAAGUACGUCUGGAAGAUCCCCUUUGAUAUUGAAAAUGAUGAUGAUUAUGCUUUCGAACUCGGAAAUUCACCUGAUCUUGCCUUUGCUGGUCCUUUCAUCAUUGAAGGUGGUGUUGGUGGUAACCCUGCUAGCUAACUUGACCUUUAUUGAUCGAUUUACUGCUGGAACCUAUUCAAGCUUUCAAUUUUUAUUUAUUAUCUGUAUUAAACAUUUAUUCCUACAGAUUUAUUCUUUACUCUUUCAUAUACGUUCUCAAUCGUAGUUCUAUAUGCUUAUUAAAGGCUUACAGCGAAAAAAAAACUGAGUUUUUUUUUUUUUUUUUUUUUUUUUGCUAUUAUCGACGAC